CGCUCCAGCCCCCUUCACCAGUUUUUUUGUCAUUCAUUUCGAUUUCGUUCUGAGCAGCGAGAGCAAGUGGGUUCGUCAUACAUAUUGCGUGAAACUCUACAUUCUUCGUUCUUAAUUUACAGUACAAUAAUAAUAGUCGAUCAUUGCCAUAAAAGAACACUACCUGCGAAAAUGGAUCAGAAAGUUACUCUGGAAAGCAAAGAUGAGCACACGAUUGAAGUCGAGCUGAACGCCAUCAAGCACUCCAAGCUCAUCAAGGAGAUGCUGACGAACCUGGGUCAGUGGCCGAACGCCGACGGCAGCCCCAGCAAACCGAUCAAAGAGGGCGACGAAUCCAUUCCCCUGGCCGAGGUGAAAUUCAGUGUGCUGGAGAAGAUCGUCGAAUGGCUGAACCAGUACAAGGACCAGCCGGAGUUGGCGGAGGACGAGGAGUCGGUCAUUCUGCGCCGGCUGGACGAUGUGGCGGACUGGGACAAGGAGUGGCUGGGCAAGAUGCGCCGCGGACAGAUCUACGAACUGGUGCAGGGCGCCAACUACAUGAACGUGCGCGGCCUGGUGGAGUCCUGCUGCAAGACCAUCGCGUCCUGGCUGAAGAACAAGACCGCCGAGCAGAUCCGUGAGGAAUUCGGGAUUAAGAACGACUUCACGCCGGAGGAAGAGGAGCGCAUUCGUCGCGAGACGGAGUGGUGCGAGCCGGAUCGGGAUUUGAUCUGAGCGAGGGGAUUUCGUCUUUCGACAGACACCAGCUAGGUUCCACCCCAUUCCUCGUAGAUUGUUCAACGCACUGUGGUUCUUUAGUUCUUAUAUUUUUCUUUCUGCUGUAGCAGCAUUAUUUGUACUUGUGCUAUUUUAGAGGCUCGGCUGUGGCUUUUUAUAUUGAUGGACGUUUAUUUUAGUUUGGCACGUUUCAAUCAUUUCCGUGAUUCUCGAAUUGUUAUUUUUUGGCGGAAGGCACUUGAGUUGUAGACACAAGCUGUAUCAGCUGUAAGGCAGCACAGUUUCAGUUAAAACAUAUUUUAACUUUGUAGAUCUCGGAAUGAAAGUCUGAUUUACAGUG